UAGGGCAUCCUUCAACAUAUCACUUCCUCUUGAAUUACAUCUACUGGCAUACUACCUCACCACUAUUUGUCUUGUUGGUUCAUAAUGUUUCGUUCUGAAGAGGGAUUAACAUCCAAAUAUGCUGCCUCAGCCACCGAUCAAGCACCAGUCUUAGACCUGCCACUCCCGCAGGAUUUUGUCUGGGGUGCUGCCACAGCUGCAUAUCAAAUCGAAGGAGGAGCUUCGCAAGAUGGCAAGGGACCCUCGAUCUGGGAUGCGUUCUCGCACCUCGACCCCAGCCGUACGAGCAACGAAAACGGCGACGUGGCUUGCGAUCAUUACAACCGCGUCGCCGAAGAUGUGGAUCUUAUGAAGUCGUACGGUCUUGACGCUUAUCGCUUUUCCAUCUCUUGGUCGCGAAUAAUACCUUUAGGUGGGAGAGACGAUCCUAUCAACGAGAAGGGCAUCGAGUUCUACAACGACCUUAUCGACCGCCUCUUGGCCCAAGGCAUCCAGCCAGUGGCCACACUAUAUCAUUGGGACCUACCUUUGGGGCUUCAGAACCGCUAUGGUGGCAUGUUGAACACUGCCGAAUUUCAGGCAGACUUCGUUAAUUAUGCCCGCCUCUGCUUUUCCCGAUUUGGCGACCGCGUCAAGCAAUGGAUUACUUUCAACGAACCGUAUAUCAUCUCGAUCUACGGAUUCCACAGCGGGGUGCUAGCACCUGGCCAUAGCACCACUAUGGGUAACGACUCAGGAACGGAGCCCUUUCGGGUUGGGCAUAGCAUUGUCUUGUCACACGCUGCAGCCGUCAAGGCUUUUGCCAUGGAAUUCCAGCCCACCCAGGCCGGAAGCAUCUCUAUCGUCAUGAAUGGUGACUAUUAUGAGCCCUACGACACGACAAGCGAAGCAGACAGAGCUGCAGCGCAGCGCAGAAUGGAGUUCUACAUCGGUUGGUUUGGAGACCCAAUCUAUCUUGGGGUCGACUAUCCUGUCUGCAUGCGCGACCAACUGGGCCCGCGUCUCCCCGAAUUUACGGCCGAGGAGAUCAGUCUGCUCCGCCAGACUGCACCCAUCAAUAGCUUCUACGGCAUGAAUCACUAUACAUCUCAAUAUGCGCGCGCCCGGACCACACAGCCCGACAAUGACGACGUAACUGGCAAUGUCGACGAACUUUCCGUCAAUGCUGACGGAAUUGAGAUAGGACCUCUCUCGGGGGUGUCUUGGCUACGUGUUACGGACGUUCAGUUUCAAAAAUUGCUUUGUUGGCUUUGGGAUCGCUACAAGAGGCCGAUCUACAUCACCGAAAACGGAUGCCCUUGCCCUGGGGAGGACAAGAUGACGGUCGCAGAAGCUGUAAACGACGAGUUCCGCGUUCGCUACUUCGGAUUAUACCUCAACGCUAUCUCGCGUGCUAUAUACGAGGAUGGUGUGACGGUCUCUGGUUACUAUGCUUGGAGCUUGAUGGAUAAUUUUGAAUGGUCUGCUGGAUAUGGCAUAAGAUUCGGAAUCACCCAUGUAGAUUUCCAAACAUUGGUUCGAACGCCCAAGAAAUCAUCAAUUUAUCUUCGAGACACAAUAAAGCGACGCAAAACAAUGGUGAACGCGGCUCGCAAAGAGGUACAUGGUUGAGAAUUGCUGUCAAGUGCUUUCUCAGCCUCAGAGG